CUCCUCCUCUUCUUCUUCUUCUUCUUCUCCUCCCUCUUCUCCCCUCCUGAUGCCACUGAGGUCAUCUUCGGAUUGAUUUCCCACACGUGAGUUUUUCCGUGGACGGACGAUGGCCGAGGGCACGGAGAGGAUUCCUUUGGCCGCGGACACGACAUCAACCGUGCAUCGCCAGCAAUAAUCGGAGGGGAAAGGAUCGUUCAAAGUCCCGCAGCUCGCUGCCCCUGAUUGCGGGAAAAUGGCGCACCUGAUCCGCCACAAGCUGACCAACAAGCUGACCAACGCGGCCCACUCGGUGUCCAACAAGUCCCAGGCCAAGGUCAGCGGCGUGUUCGCCCGCCUGGGCUUCCAGGCCGCCACGGACGAGGAGGGCCUGGGCUUCGCCGAGUGCGACGACCUGGACUACGACUACCGGCAGGGCAUGCAGAUGGACGUCCUGCAGGCCGGGGACGACUACGGCCCGCUGGGCGGGGAAGGAGGCCCGGAGGCCGGCGACAGCCGCUACCAGCGGGACGCCACCGGCACCGGGCCCCUCAAGAGCGCAGGCUCUGUGGACGAGGACAAGCCCAAGAUCACGUCGUGGGAGGCCGGCUGGAACGUCACCAACGCCAUCCAGGGCAUGUUCGUCCUGGGCCUGCCGUACGCCAUCUUGCACGGCGGCUACCUGGGCCUGUUCCUCAUCAUCUUCGCAGCGGUGGUGUGCUGCUACACAGGCAAGAUCCUCAUCGCCUGCCUGUACGAGGAGAACGAGGACGGUGUGCUGGUGCGCGUGCGCGACUCCUACGUGGACGUGGCCAACGCCUGCUGUGCGCCGCGCUUCCCGGCGCUAGGCGGCCACGUGGUCAACGUGGCGCAGAUCAUCGAGCUGGUGAUGACGUGCAUCCUGUACGUGGUGGUGAGCGGCAACCUGAUGUACAACAGCUUCCCUGGCCUGCCCGUCUCGCAGAAGGCCUGGUCGGUGGUGGCCACGGCGGCGCUCCUGCCCUGCGCCUUCCUGAAGAACCUGAAGGCCGUGUCCAAGUUCAGCCUGCUGUGCACGGUGGCGCACGUGAUCAUCAAUGUGCUGGUCAUCGCCUACUGCCUGUCGCGUGCCCGCGAGUGGGCCUGGGAGAAGGUGAAGUUCUACAUCGACGUGAAGAAGUUCCCCAUCUCCAUCGGCAUCAUCGUCUUCAGCUACACGUCGCAGAUAUUCCUGCCGUCGCUGGAGGGCAACAUGCAGCGGCCCGCCGAGUUCCACUGCAUGAUGGAGUGGACUCACAUCGCCGCCUGCGUCCUCAAAGGCCUCUUCGCCCUGGUGGCCUACCUGACGUGGGCCGACACCACCAAAGAGGUAAUCACAGAUAACCUGCCCUCCGCCAUCCGCGCCGUGGUCAACAUCUUCCUGGUGGCCAAGGCGCUGCUCUCCUACCCGCUGCCUUUCUUCGCCGCCGUGGAGGUCCUGGAGAAGUCACUGUUCCAGGACGGCGGGCGCGCCUUGUUCCCCGACUGCUACGGGCCAGGCGGCCAGCUCAAGUCCUGGGGUCUCGGCCUGCGCGUGGCCCUGGUGGUGUUCACGCUGCUCAUGGCCGUCUUCGUGCCGCACUUCGCCCUGCUCAUGGGCCUGACGGGCAGCCUGACGGGCGCCGGCCUCUGCUUCCUCCUGCCCAGCCUCUUCCACCUCAAGCUGCAGUGGAGGAACCUGCUGUGGCACCACGUCUUCUUCGACGUCGCCAUCUUUGUCAUCGGCGGCAUCUGUGCCGUGUCUGGUUUGAUCCACUCCAUCGAGGGCCUCAUAGAAGCCUUCAGGUACAACAUCCAGGACUGACGACGCCGUCCCCUUUUUCCACCUUUGCCCGCUGCGCCCGACGUGGGGAGGAAGAAAACGAUGUUGUGUCAAUCUUUUCAUUUUGCCUUUGGUCGUGACGUGCAAUCAGAAACUCUACAAGUCAUGUUGGACGUCUGAACUCCAGUCCUGUCUUUAUGUCUUCCUCUUUGGACUGCGGGCCUCAACUGCUCACCAACAACCUCCUGUCACUUCCUGUCACUUACCUGCAACCCCGUGUCAUUUCUUGUCACUUACCUGAGCUGCUACUCAUAUGUACACAACACCGGUUGUACAGUACAGUAGGGUGUACAGUCUGCCCACACAUAAACAAAACCUAAACCAUCUGUUCCAGUUCCAGGGUCCAACUGCGGCCACCUUCUUAAACAACAUUUAAAAUUGUUUUGUCAAUUUUGGCUAGCAUUUCCUGACGAAACCCUGGCUGGGAAUCGGACCGCUACCAUCGGGAAUUGGACCGCUACCCUCGGGAAUCGAACUGCUACCCUCGGAAAACGAACUGCUACCCUCGGGAAUCGGACCGCUACCCUUGGGAAUCAAACCACUACCCUCAACAGGCCCAACAAUUAUAACAAGUUUGUUGCGAGACGUAAGGGUUUUUAAAGUUCCACCAUGGCCGCAGUUUGGUCCUUGACACAAAAAACAAUUUCUUGUUUAUGUGUGGACCUGUUUUUCUACCAAGUGGUCCAGUUGGGUGCAGUUGAGUCCAGUUGUGUCAAGUUGGGUCCAGUUGGGUCCAGUUGAGUCCAGUUGGGUCCAGUUGAGUCCAGUUGGGUCCAGUUGAGUACCUUUGAGUCCAGUCGAUUCAAAUGGGUUCUAAUUGGGUGCAGUUGUAUCCAGUUGGUUCAGGUUGAGUCUAGUUGGGUCCAGUUGAGUCCAGUUGGGUCCAGUUUGGUCCAGUUUGGUCCAGUUGGUUCAAGUUGGUUUCCAGUUGGGUUUAGUUAGAUCCAGUUGAAUCUAGUUGGGUCAAGUGGGUUCAAGUUGGGUCAAGUGGGUUCAAGUUGGGUCAAGUUGGUUUCCAGUUGGGUUUAGUUAGAUCCAGUUGAAUCUAGUUGAGUCAAGUGGGUUCAAGUUGGGUCUAGUUGGGUCUAGUUGGGUCCAGUUGAUUUUAGUUGGUUUUAGUUGAUUCUAGUUGGGUCCAUUUGAGUCCAGUGAUUCAAAUGGGUUCCAAUUGAGUCCAGUUGAGUUUAGUUGGUUUUAGUUGAUUCUAGUUGGGUCCAUUUGAGUCCAGUGAUUCAAAUGGGUUCCAAUUGGGUCCAGUCGGUUUCCAUUUGGGUGCAGUUGUAUCCAGUUGUUUCCAGUUGAGUCUAGUUGGGUCCAGUUGAGUCCAGUUAGAUCCAGUUGGUUCAAGUUGGUUCCAGUUGGGUUUAGUUAGAUCCAAUUGAAUCUAGUUGGGUCAAGUGGGUUCAAGUUGGGUCUAGUUGGGUCCAGUUGAUUCAAGUUGAGUUUAGUUGGUUCCAGUUGAUUCCAGUAGGGUCCAUUUGGGUUUAGUUGAUUCAAGUGGGUUCCGUUUGGGUUCAAUUGAGUCAACUGGGUUCCAAUUGGGUCCAGUUGGGUCUAGUUGGUUCCACUUGGGUCCAGUUGGAUCAAGUUGAGUCGAGUUGGGUCCAGUUGGGUCAAGUGGGUUCAUGUUGGUUCCAGUUGGGUCUAGUUAGAUCCAGUUGAGUCUAGUUGGGUCCAGUUGGGACAAGUGGGUUCAAGUUGGUUCCAGUUGGGUCUCGUUAGAUCCAGUUAAGUCUAGUUGGGUCAAGUGGGUUCAAGUUGGGUCUAGUUGGGUCAAGUGGGUUCCAGUUGGGUCAGGGGGUUCCAGUUGGGUCUAGUUGUGUCAAGUGGGUUCCAGUUUGGUCUAAUAGGUUCCAGUUGAGUCCAGUUGGUUCUGGUUGGUUCCAGUUGGGUCCAGUUGAGUUCAAUUACUUUCAGUGGGUUCCAGUUGGUUCCAAUUGAGUCCAGCUGGGUCGAUUUGGGUCAAGUUUGUAACCUAAAAUGUGUCAAGUUCCUAUGCUAAAAGUAACAAAGAGUUGUGUCACAAAAGUGAUGUUUUGGAAAGCCAGCAUUUGUGAACACGAGUUUUUGCAUCAUUGUUCAUGUCACAUGACAGGUACAAGAAUGAUCAGGCGUGCAUUAGAAAGUCGGUGGUCACGUAUGAAGGACACAUGUUGUAAGAGCAGAGUGCAAAGUGCUGAAUCAGCAUGAAAAGUGAGGUGAGAGACAAGUACAGUAAGUACAGUAAGAGUUGUUUGACAUUUACAAUGCAUACAGAGUUCAUUACUUCUUGUUAUUAUUGUUAUUCUGAUGAAAGGUGGUUGCUGCUUUGUUUGUCUGCGUGCUCGUGGGUGAAGUGGAUCUCAAACGUUUGAAAAGUGAUGUUUUCUCCCUGUGGAAACGUGUCAUGCAAUAAAAGUCAAAUAUGAA